CCCUUUCUCUAUUGCCUCAAUAAUUCAAUUAGUCUUUGCUUUUUCUUGAAAAGAGAAAAGAGGAUUGUUUUGCUUGUAGACUAGCUAAAACAUUGAUCAUUCUUGUUUGAAAUUACUCUUAAGCAUUCAACAGAUUUCAGAAAUGGAUAUUGGCUUAGCAGUCGGUGGUGCAUUUCUCUCUUCAGCUUUGAAUGUUCUCUUUGAUAGGCUUGCUCCUAACGGUGAUCUGCUCAACAUGUUUCAGAAGCAUAAGCAUCAUGUUCAGCUCUUAAAGAAGCUGGAGGACAUUUUGCUUGGUCUUCAGAUUGUGCUAAGUGAGGCAGAGAAUAAGCAAUCAUCAAAUCGACACGUGAGCCAGUGGUUUAAUAAGCUUCAGAGUGCUGUGGACGGUGCUGAAAACUUAAUAGAGGAAGUCAAUUAUGAAGCUUUGAGGUUUAAGGUGGAAGGUCAGCAUCAAAAUAUUGCAGAAACAAGCAACCAGCAAGUAAGUGACCUCAACCUGUGCUCGAGUGAUGAUUUCUUUCUUAACAUAAAGGAGAAGCUGGAAGUAACCAUUGAAACAUUGGAGGUGUUGGAAAAGCAAAUUGGUCGCCUUGGCUUAAAGGAGCAUAUUGGUUCGACUAAAGAAGAAACUAAAACACCUUCAACUUCUUUGGUUGAUGAUUCUGAUAUAUUUGGUAGGCAGAGAGAAAUAGAGGAUUUGAUUGACCGUUUAUUGUCCGAAGAUGCAAAUGGAAAAAAUCUGAGUGUAGUUCCUAUUGUUGGAAUGGGCGGCGUGGGUAAGACAACACUUGCUAAAGCCGUUUACAAUCAUGAGAAGGUGAAGGAGCAUUUUGGUUUGAAAGCUUGGUUUUGUGUUUCUGAGGCAUAUGAUGCUUUCAGAAUAACAAAAGGGUUACUUCAAGAAAUUGGCUCAUUUGACUUAAAGGAUGACAACAAUCUUAAUCAGCUACAGGUCAAAUUGAAGGAAAGCUUAAAGGGAAAAAAGUUUCUUAUUGUUCUGGAUGAUGUGUGGAAUGAAAACUACAACAAGUGGGAUGACUUGAGAAAUCUUUUUGUACAAGGAGAUAUAGGAAGUAAGAUCAUUGUGACUACACGUAAAAAGAGUGUUGCCCUGAUGAUGGGUCGUGGGGCAAUCUAUGUGGGAAUUCUGUCUAGUGAAGACUCUUGGGCUUUAUUCAAACGACAUUCACUAGAAAAUAGGGAUCCUGAGGAACAUCCAGAAUUUGAAGAGGUUGGAAAACAAAUUGCAGACAAGUGCAGAGGGUUGCCUUUAGCUCUAAAGGCACUUGCUGGUAGUUUACGCUCCAAAUCAAAAGUGGAUGAGUGGAGAGACAUUUUAACAAGUGAAAUUUGGGAUCUGCCAAGUCAUUUGAAUGGUAUAUUACCAGCGUUGAUGUUGAGCUACAAUGAUCUUCCUGCACAUUUGAAGCAAUGUUUUGCUUAUUGUGCAAUAUAUCCCAAAGAUUAUCAAUUUUGCAAAGACCAAGUUAUUCACUUGUGGAUUGCUAAUGGUCUUGUACAGCAGUUUCGUUCAGGUAAUCAAUACUUUCUUGAGUUGGGAUCAAGAUCAUUGUUCGAAAGGGUCCCAGAGUCUAAAGGGAAACCGAAGAGAUUCUUAAUGCAUGACCUUGUCAAUGAUUUGGCCCAAAUUGCAUCUUCAAAACUUUGUAUUAGGUUGGAAGAGAACGAAAGAUAUCAUAUGUUGGAACAAAGUCGGCACAUGUCCUAUUCCAUGGGAAGAGAUGGUGAAUUUGAGAAAUUGAAACCACUCUCCAAAUCAAAGCAGCUGAGGACAUUGCUUGCAGUCAAUAUCUUGUACGGAUGUCAGCUAAGCAAGAGGGUGCUGCAUAACAUAUUGCCAAGGCUAAUAUCCUUAAGGGCAUUAUCGUUGUCAGGUUAUGAGAUUGUGGAGUUGCUGGACGACUUGUUUAUCAAAUUAAAGCUCCUGAGAUUUUUGGACCUUUCUAAGACAAGGAUUAAAAAGUUGCCAGAUUCCAUUUGUGCAUUGUAUAACUUGGAGACACUUCUCUUGUCAGAUUGUCGUUAUCUUGAGGAGCUACCGCUGCAGAUGGAAAAUUUGAUUAACUUGCGUCAUCUUGACAUAAGCAACACUUUUCACUUGAAGAUGCGGCUACAUCUGAGCAAGUUGAAAAGACUCCAAGUGCUAGUGGGAGUCAAGUUACUUCUAGGUGGUUGCGGUGGUUUGAGAAUGGAAGAUUUGGGUGAAUUGCAGAACUUGUAUGGAUCUCUAUCAAUUCUAGAGAUGCAAAAUGUGGUUGAUAGAAGUUCCGUUCUGAAGGGAAAUAUGAGGGAGAAGAAUCAUGUUGAGAAAUUAUCUUUGCAGUGGAGUGAAAGUAGUACUGCCGAAAAUUCACAAACUGAAAGAGACAUACUUGAUGAGCUAUGCCCACACACAAACAUAAUAGAACUCCAAAUCACCGGAUAUAGAGGGACAAAAUUUUCAAAUUGGCUAGCUGAUCCUUUGUUUCUUAAGCUGGUGAAAUUGUCUAUUCACGACUGCAAGAACUGUGAUUCCUUGCCAGCACUAGGACAGCUUCCUUCUUUGAAAAUCCUUUCCAUCAGAGGGAUGUGUCGAAUAACUGAGGUGACGGAAGAAUUCUAUGGCAGUUCGUCCUCCAAAAAGCCUUUUAACUCUCUUGAGUCUCUUUACUUUGUAGAGAUGCCAGAGUGGAAGCAAUGGCACGUACUAGGAAAUGGAGAGUUUCCUAUACUUGAGAGCCUUUCAAUUGAAAAUUGUCCGAAGUUGAUGGGGAAGUUGCCUGAAAAUCUUUGUUCUCUGACAGAAUUGAGAAUUUCAGCGACACCUCUUCUUGAUGAUGCUGAACUGUCUACAUCCCAACUUGAGGGAAUGAAGCAGAUUGAUGAAUUAUCUAUCAAUAAUUGUAACUCUCUUACCUCCUUACCUUUUAGCAUUCUGUCGAGUACCUUGAAGAGUAUAUCGAUAUCUUGUUGCCAGAAAUUGAAAUUGGAGGCGCUAGUUGGUGAGAUGAGUUAUUGUAACAUGUUUCUUGACUAUUUGACACUAGAAGAAUGUGAUUCUGUAUCACCUGAGUUGCUCCCAAGAGCACGCUCUUUGAGGGUAGGUUGUUGCCAGAACCUUACUAGGUUUUUGAUUCCAACUGAGCCUGAAACUCUCAGUAUUUUCGAUUGUAAGAAUGUUGAAAUACUUUCGGUGGCAUGUGGGGGGACCCAGAUGAUGUCUUUGUAUAUUGAUGGCUGUUCGAAGCUGAAGUGGCUGCCAGAACGUAUGCAGGAACUCCUUCCAUCUCUUAAAACACUGUAUCUGUUGGAUUGUCCAGAAAUAGAAUCCUUUCCUGAAGGAGGAUUGCCCUUCAAUUUACAAGUACUUGAGAUCAGCAAUUGCAAGAAACUGGUGAACGGCCGAAAGGAGUGGCGUUUACAGAGACUCCCCUGUCUCAGAGAGUUAGAAAUCGAUCAUGAUGGCAGUGACGAAGAGAUCGAGCAUUGGGAGUUGCCUUCCUCUAUUCAAUGUCUUACCAUACGCAAUCUGAAGACAUUAAGCAGCCAAGUUUUAAAAAGCCUCACCUCUCUUGAAUCUCUACUUAUUGGUAAUUUACCUCAAAUUCAGUCACUGCUGGAAGAAGGGCUUCCCUCUUCCCUCUCUCAACUGACCAUUGGGUAUUGCCCUAAUCUCCAAUCACUUUUCGAAUCAGCACUGCCCUCCUCCCUCUCUAAGCUGACCAUCAAUGAUUGCCCUAAUCUCCGAUCACUUUCUGAAUCAGUACUGCCCUCCUCCCUCUCUCAGCUGACCAUCAGUGAUUGUCCUAACCUCCAAUCCCUUCCAGUAAAAGGGAUGCCCUCUUCCCUCUGUAAACUAUGUAUUCUCAACUGCCCAUUGCUCAAACCACUACUAGAAUUUGACAAGGGGGAAUACUGGCCAAAUAUUGCUCAAAUUCCCAUGAUACUGAUCGAUAGGAAAUACCUGUAAUGAUUUAAACGAAUGGUGCUAUGACAAAUACUGGUCAUCAGUACAUUAGUUUUUUGGUUUUGAUAUUCAGAGAACUUUGGAGAUUAAUUAUGAAGUUUCCCUCAAAUUAUGUCCAUUAUUCAACCUCAAGUGACACCUCAGAACUAGCGGAAAGUCGAUAUUUAAUGUUCCUUCAUGUUGAUUCUUUUGAGGAAGAAAACUUGAUUAAGUACUUUGUCAAAACUGUCACAAGUUUCUAUCCUUCUUACAUGUUAUGUUCUUCUUCUGGAAUCAAGCAUACCCAUUUUACUCUUUCUGCAAUUUCUUGUUAGUUUUCUUUUCGUGAAGUUAAUCAUCAAUUGGGACAGUGUUGUACAUGGACCAUUUGUUAGACGUUAAAGGUAUAUAUGCACCACUUUUUUAA